AUGGAUGAGAAUGGCCAACAGCAGACUCUUCGUCACUCGGUAGCUGCUUUAUCUAGACGCUUUGAGCAAAUCAAUCUCGUCAAGACUGAAGACCAUCCAUCUACAGUUGCUAGCCUCUUUGCAGGGCAUUCUGAAUCUGUCACUAUUACACAUCCUUCUGGGUUGCUCUCUUCUCGACCUUUUCAUAACUCUUCCAGUGCCAACGCUUUUAAUAGUAUCGAGCUUGAAAAUACUCAAACCAACUGCCAUCUUGCUUCAUCGCAACCAUCCAGCCUCUCUCAAACUCCUUCGUCACUGGAAACAUCAUCUGCCACUGCAUUCCCAUCACAACUUUCUGCUCCAUACCCUACUAAUACUCAUUCUAGAUCCGUUUCAACCCCUCGACUUAGAACCGCAGGUGCUGUUCGUGUUGGUUCCACACAACCCAUAUUUCCCUCCAAUCAGGCAUCAAAUUCUCCAAGAACUCGCCAUCCCAGCCACAAUGAAACGGAUUCUGUUCAAAAGAAACGACUGUCUGUGUCUCGAAUAAGUAGAAUGUUUGAGCAGCAAGCAAAUAUCAAUGACGGUAUCUCUAUCAGAUCGCCAAAAUCUGUUGGCGCCAAUUCCACUGCUCGUCGCAAUCUUACGGCUCCAUCAACUCGAAAUGGUUCGUUUGUUAUGCCGCCAUUCUCGACUUCCAUAUCACAGUCGGAUCUACGGCCCAGUCGGUCUUUAAAACCUCCCCCACCUAAACCACCCAAGCCUUGUGCUCUUGCCGCUCCUGCUGUUGCGUCAUUCAAUUCUAGCCCGCAGUCCACCAUCUUACCUGCUUCUCCUGGCCAAAACCCAUUUUCAGACAGUUCUGGUCGACUUUCAGAUUCUACUCCACCCAAACCAUAUAUCCACAACAACUCUGUAUCCGACCUUCAAACAUUUAUCCCAUCUCAACAAUCUCAAGCUAACGUGCCUACUAAUUUUGAACCUAAUUACGACGAUGAAUCAAGUGAUCGUCCUAUAUCCAUGGCAUCUCUCGACAUUCAAAAUAGACUGGCUGUUUUGAGUAGCAUGGGUGCUUCUUUUACAUCGCCUUCUCAUCAUCGACCAACACAUGGAUUUGUAUCACAACACUCGGCUUCCCAUUCACAAUUACCAACUGAUGCCAAGCUGUCAUUCCACCACUCAAAUCCUGUUCGUCCUGUCACUCCGUUGAGACCAAAAAGCCUCCAGCAGAGAGAAAGUGUUGCUACGCGUCUAUAUUAUGAUGAUGCAGGUGAAGAUUCAAAUGUCGCUAUCCAGGAAGAAAGCGUAGCUGGAAAUGGAAUGUGCUAUCUAGAUCCAAAUGUGGGUAAAUUAUUAGAAAUCAACAGAGAUGCGUCAUACCACUCUUUUACCACACAAUCAAGUAGCGGAGAAGACAAUCAACUUUUAGAGACUGAAGCAAAAAGAGCUUAUAAAUGGACUAAAAUUGUCGAGGAAAUUGUCGAAACAGAGCGAACCUAUUUGUCUGACAUGCAUGUCUUGCAUUCGGUUUAUGUCUUGCCCAGUCUACAAUCAGGUGUACUUCCUGCCACAGACCACAAACUACUUUUUGGACAUUUGGAAAACGUGAUUGCUACUUCAACUGUAUUUUUAAAAGAGCUCGAAGCUGCGGCAAAUGCACACCCUCAAACCAUGGGUGAAGCAUUUAUGCGAAUGAUUCACUCCAUUGAAGUGACAUACUGUAAUUAUUGUAAACAUAAUGAGGCGGCAGUACUGAAGCUGUCUGACUACGCAUCACCUACCUGUCCAGAGUCGAUUAAAUUGUUUUUAGAGACUUGUCGCGGUCAGCUGCAAGGUAAAACAGGCGCAUGGGAUUUAGCAAGUCUUAUUGUCAAACCAGUACAGCGUGUUCUUAAAUAUCCACUUUUGAUCAAGUCUUUGAUCAAAGAAAUGGAACCAAACCACCCAGACGGAGAGAAUUUGCUGAAAUCAUUUGACAGCAUGUCCUUGGUAGCUGAAAAAAUCAACGAAGUUAAAAAGCGUAAAGAUAUUGUGGAAAAAUACGUUGACGGCAAGGGCAAGAUCAAUGUCAUGCAUGGCAUUACAAAGAUGAUUGGACGUGGUACACAACAGUUGAAAAAAAAGACAGGGCUCACUGAUGAGACUACUUCAGACGCAGUUUAUGAUGCAUUGGUUGAAAAGUUUACUAAACAGCACGAGGCAAUCGUGCAGCUUCGUAUUGAGAUUUCUGCAUGGCUGAAAUCAAUGAAGGAGUAUGUUGAGUAUGAAGAAGGCAUGGCCGUGUGUCUGGAUGAUCUGUACUACAUUGAUAGCAUUCCUGCAAACAGCAUUGCUGGACCAGACGAGAUUGAUUAUCUUGGUUUGAUUAAACGAUAUCGAUCCACGUGUGGUCGCUUGAUAACUGGCCCAUAUCGUGAUGCCGAAUCCCAAAUAAAGCUUGUUAUGAUACCGGCUGUUGAACAGUUACUAAACCAUUUCAAAGCACCGCUAUUGGUAAUGAGAAAGCGAGACGCCAAACUAUUGGACUAUGACCGGGCCAACUCAAUGCGAGCCAAGGGUGAUGUGGUUGAUAAACUAUUAGCAGAAUCUGCAGGAACGUAUUCAUCUAUCAAUGCACAGCUUACAGAAGAACUUCCCCUAUUUAUGAAUUUUGUCACGGAUUAUAUUCACGAGAUAUUGAUUCAAGUCAUUAUUGUUCAGCGCGACAUGUACCAGAAUAUUCGCCAAAUCGUUGUACCUCUGGCAGAUGCAUUGCAAAUCAGCGUGCAUGAAACAACAGAGGAUAUUUUGAAAAAAUUUCGAGAGCAUAUGCGUGUGGGUGGACCUAUCGAGGUUGCUACCAAGAAUAUUUUGCUGCUCCAUCAAUGGAGAAGCCAGAUAUGGGGAUAUGAUGAUAAUGCGCACGAGGCCGCUAUGCGCUUGUUUGAUUCUCCUGAACGAAAAACUGGAUCUUUAUCAAACUUUUCAGGAAGUUCUGGUCUAGCAAGAGACGAUGCGACAUCCUUUAAUAAUAUGCCAUUAGUUGAUUUGACUGGCUCAGCUCCAGCACCUCGACAACUUCGGAUGGAUGUUGACACGGAUGCCAUUCUUCGACACAACAUGUUGGUUACACAUUCAACACUUGCUCCAACCAUUGCUCCCAUUUCUACACACCCAACUAAUUCAAUACAAGGCGAGCGUGAUAUCAAUUGCAAUAGCGAGUCUGCUCAAGAUCCAUAUGCCACUGAUCCAUUUGAAGCAGUUGCAAUAUACCCAUUUGCAUCCGAGUUUGAUGAUGAGGUGUCGCUGGUACCUGGCAUGGUAGUAUCAGUGUAUAGAACUGGAGGACGAGACGAAACUGGUGAUGAUUGGUGGUAUGGUGAAGUUGUUUCUAACAAACACUCUGGCAAUACUUUUGGUUGGUUUCCUAGAUCUUUUGUUGAAUACUAA